AAAGCGCCAAAGUAACGGCCGCCUCUCAUGAAAUCCCUGUCAAAGAGUCUCCAAAUGCACUGACCACGUACCUGUCUAAAGAAGUUUUCUGCGCUCAUUCUACGGAUGCUGUCUACGAAACCCAGCGAGGUCAGAACCUCUACAACAUCGAAGAAGUGGCACCAACGAGGAAAAUCAGCCUUUUCUACUCUUCCUGGGACUCCAUCUACGAGGCGAGAAGGGGGGAAACAACUCCCGCGGGAAAAAAAACACAAGAAGAAUUUGCACGGAACUUCGCAACACGCCCCGACGGCGAAACCCCACGUAAUGGCGUUCUGCAACUCAAGCCUGAAAUGGUGAACUGCUCGGAAAGCGGCAACCUGCUCCGCAAAUUGAUGAAAUGGUCCUUCGCGCAUCCGAACAACAUCCACGAAAAAGGAAGGACGAGCCCACAAAAGGAAUGCCUAGUCGCGGAUUUCGCCUCGGAGGUCUGGAGCGCCGGACCCACAAUUUCGGGAGUCGUCACACAAAGAGGGUCGCUAUUCCACGAAGUUUUGCGUGAUCCACCGGCAUCUUUGCAAAACUAUUUGAUCGCUGGCCAAGGCCGUCUACCCGAAAGCCCCCCACAUCCAAUACGACGCGGGAGGAAAACCGGUUAUGGACCCGGAGCUGACCGUAAA